AUGGAUACAUACCCACGCCUCUGUCUUUGCCCAGCCUGUCCUCACUACAUCUUCUUCCACCUCAUGAGCUUCAGUCUAGGCCCUGUUCACAUUCCUCUCCUGCAAGUUGCCUUCCCAGACUCUAGCAGCACCCAGGUUCCAGCACCGCCCGCCUCUGCUGGCCUGUGCAAGCGCACGGCUCUGACAGGCGAGGCGGCCGAGCGCCAGGAGCUUCCCGUAUUGCUGCCCGGUAAGCGGACGCCCGCUGGUUUACCCCCGGAGGCCAGGGUCAUCCGGGCACCCGCCCGCCUCACAGGCUGCCGGCGCCUGCUCGCCCCUCGCCUGCUUUGCGAGCAGCCCUCGCGCCUCUCCGCCUCACACACCGCGGCGCGGGCGGGGAGUGCUGGCAGCCAUUUUGCGCCCCCGGAGUUCCGAGAUGGGGCCGGGGCUCCUGAGCGCGGCGCUGUUUGUGGGCAGCGCUCUCCUGUUCGCAGACCACUCACGCUCCGAGAGGAGCAGGCGCGGCCCCUCCUGGGACCCGGCCGGCGGCCCCGGGUGGCUUGCGGCCAUGCGGGGGAGGCUCGGGCAGAAGGGCCGCCAGGCCCAGGCGAAGGAAAGGUUGGAUGCAAAGGGCAGUAUCUUCGGACGGUCCCCCUUGGCCUUUUUCCCACUUAUUGUGGAAAAGCACCACUUGCGGAUGUGCUGAAAGGGCCUCAGAUUACAGGGGGCACGGUAGCUCAAACUGGCGCCUGGCCGUGGAUAGUUAGCCUGCAAAUUCAGUCUGGUAAAAUUUCUGCUCAUGUCUGUGGGGGAAGCUUAGUGAAAAAUAAGUGGAUCCUCACAGCCGCCCACUGCACUAAGGAUUUUAGAGAUCCUUUAAUGUGGAGAGCUGUGAUUGGAACUAAUAAUAUACAUGAGAAACAUCCAAAUACCAAGAAGAUAAAAGUUAAAACAAUCAUUAUCCAUCCAGACUUUGAAAUAGAAUCUUAUGUAAAUGAUAUUGCUCUUUUUCAUUUACAAAGAGCAGUGACAUAUGAUGACUAUAUUCAGCCUAUCUGUCUCCCUUUUGAUGUUUUCCAAAACCUGGACCCAAACACAAAGUGUUUUGUAAGUGGCUGGGGAAGAACAACGGAAGAAGGUAAUGUUACAAAUAUGUUACAGGAAGCAGAAGUACAUUAUAUUUCUCGAAACAUCUGUAAUUCUGAGAAGAGUUAUGGAAACAUAAUUCCUAGCACUUCCUUUUGUGCAGGUGAUGAAGAUGGAGUUUUUGAUACUUGCAGGGGUGAUAGUGGUGGACCAUUAAUGUGCUACUUACCAGACCAGAAACAAUUUUUUGUAAUGGGAAUUACCAGUUACGGAUAUGGCUGUGGUCGAAAAAAUUUUCCUGGUGUCUAUUGUGGGCCAUCCUUCUAUCAAAAGUGGCUGACAGAUCAUCUCUACCAGGCAAGCAAUAAAGGCAUAUUUAAUAUAAAUAUUCUACUGGGACAGAUCCUUGCAGCUCUAGGUUCUAUUGUAUUACUAGCUAUUCCAUAGAGAAAUUCUGAAGAAUGUUUACUUUGUAUUGCAUCCCUUUCCAUGUUCUAUAUAAUGAAAAUCAUUUAUUCUUUUGAUUAGUAAGUAUCCACGUUAGAGUUCCCAUGUGGACAUUUUUGGAAUAAAAGAGUUGUGGCUUACUAGAUAUGUAAUUGUAAAUUUGGUACUAAAUCACAUGCUUCCUUGAUGUGCCUCUUUUACUUUGUAAUCAUAAUUUUGAAUUUGGAAUACCUUCCUAGAGUUUAUAUAUAAAAUUAAAAAUAUACUUUAUGUAUGUA